CACAAAUUCUUCAACUCCACCUUCCAGGCAACCCAAAAACCAAAAAUUCAGCAUUAUAUAUUCAGACUCAACUAGCCAUUCUUUCUUGCACACUAAUCACAAUCACCACAACUUGUUUUCUCAGCAACAAUGUCUACCAAAAUUCACCAUUCUGCUUCUUUAACCAUAAUGCUCGUCGUCGCGCUUAUUGCACUUUCAUUCUCCAUCUCCUCAGCUCAGAAUUCUUCGAGUUCGAAAUCACCUUGUAAUUCCACCCCGUAUCCUUCAUUAUGCAGAUCUUCGCUUCCAAACAACAAAACCGCCACUGUUUACGACUACUGCAGAUACUCUGUCCGUAAUUCGUUAUUCGGCGCUCAGAAAUUUUUGUCCUUAAUCGAAAAACACCUCCGUGAUCCCUCUUUGUCCACAGGCGCUGCACGAGCGCUUGAGGAUUGCCGUUUACUAGCUGGCCUUAACAUAGAUUACCUCACGACUUCUUUCAAAACAGUUAACAAAACGCAAUCCGUGUCUGCGUCAGUAGCUGACGAUGUUCAGACCGUGCUUAGUGCCUUGUUAACCAACACGCAGACUUGUAAAGAGGGACUCCAGGAGAUAGCUUCGUCGUGGAUAAGCUCAAAAAGUGACGUCUCCACUCCUCUUGUUAAUGACACGAGGCUUUUCAGUGUGGCUUUGGCUCUGUUUGAUAAUGGCUGGGUGCACAAAAACAACAGGGGGAAAACUCAUCCUUCUAGGAAGCUAUUAGGCCUUAGAGACGGAAGGCUGCCUUUAAAGAUGUCGGAUGAAAACAAAGCCAUUUUUGAAUCCACUGGGAACAGGAAGCUUCUUCAGAGUACAGUCGUGAAUGAUCAAAUUGAGGUGAGUAAAACUGUAACCGUGAGCCAGGAUGGAACCGGGAACUACACAACUAUUAAUGAAGCGGUGGCUGCAGCUCCGAAUAACUCUGUUGCUAGCAGUGGCUACUAUCUGAUACACGUGACCGCUGGAGUCUAUGAAGAAUAUGUGGUUGUCGCGAAGAACAAAAAGUACCUGAUGAUGGUUGGAGACGGCAUUAAUCAGACCGUGAUCACUGGCAACCAUAGCGUCGAUGAUGGCUGGAGCACGUUCAAUUCUUCAACACUCGCUGUGACUGGACAAGGCUUCGUGGGAAUCAACAUGACAAUCAGGAACACAGCCGGGGCGAUUAAGCACCAAGCGGUGGCCCUUCGAAACAGUGCAGACUUGUCCACAUUUUACAGCUGUAGUUUCGAAGGCUAUCAGGAUACUUUGUACGUGCAUUCAUUACGCCAGUUUUACAGAGAAUGCGACAUCUAUGGCACAGUCGACUUCAUCUUCGGUAAUGCAGCUGUCGUAUUGCAGAAUUGCAACAUGUACCCACGUCUGCCGCUAGCCAAACAGUUCAAUGCCAUCACCGCUCAAGGAAGAACUGAUCCCAAUCAAAACACCGGAAUUUCCAUACAAAAUUGCAACAUUACCCCUGCUGAUGAUCUGGCCUCGAGCAAUGGCACCACACAGACGUACCUUGGGAGGCCGUGGAAAGAGUAUUCGAGGACUAUCUACAUGCAAUCUUUUCUGGACAGCUUCAUUAAUCCUGCUGGUUGGCGCGAAUGGUCCGGGGAUUUUGCCCUGAAUACAUCUUACUAUGCUGAGUUCAGUAACACAGGUCCGGGAUCAAACACGAGCGGAAGAGUUACAUGGCCUGGAUUUCACAUAAUAGAUUCUACUGAUGCAGCCAAUUUUACGGUAUCGAAUUUCAUAGUAGGAGAUGAAUGGAUACCUCAGACUGGAACUCCUUACUCUAGCAACCUGUAACUGGCUCAUAUUAUUUCAGAUAUUUUGGUAAUUUAAAUUUAUAAUUUGUUAUGGAAUAAAUUUGCCUAGAUAGGCGCUGCAGGAAAUAGUAUAAAUAUUUGUUCAAUUGUAAAAUAUGAAGUAUACUUCAACGUUCUAAACUUAUAUUAAUGGAUCAAAAUCCAACAUCUGUUUAUUUA